CCACGAUAGCCAAAAUUUAAAGCACUUGCAAUUUUUCGGCUGACAAAACACCAUCUAAAAAUUGCUACAAAUGGCUACAAAAUUGCUACAUUGGCAUUACUAGAGCGCUGGGCCUGCGCGCUUGGAAAAUGGCUUAAACGCAGGCCAUCUCAAACAAAGAUCGAGGAUCUCAGAUCAACAGGAACUACCUGUUGGAGUCACACUGAAAAAGGACCCUUUCCAGAGCGGUACUGAAACAGGAAUCUUUUUGGAACUCCUUCUACCUGAAUGCACUAAAUGCUGAGGAAGCAAAACCAGAGCGAAUACAUUUGAAGCCAUGACGCUUAACGAAAGCGACGCCACCCGCUUAGAGCUGACGCGCAACUUCCUGGAGCUGUCCCGGAAUCCUGAAACAUGUACCGCCCUGCGCAGCUCGGACUGCAUCCAACUACUUGUGCAGAUAUUGCAUGCCAACGACGAAGGACUUUCCACGGCGAGGAAGUACGCCAGCCAAGCGCUGCACAACAUCGUCCACAGCCACCCGGAGGAGAAGGAGCGCCAGCGGGAGGUGAAGAUGCUGCGACUGCUGGACCAGAUCCUCGACUACUGCAACUUCCUGCGCACCCAGCUGCAGAGCGGGGGCGAGGCCAUCGCGGAUGAUGAGGAUCGGCAUCCACUGGCGGCCAUGAAGCUCCUAAUGAAAGCCAGCUUCGACGAAGAUCACCGCCAAACCAUGUGCGAACUGGGGGCCCUUAAGGCGAUUCCCAACCUGGUUCAUCUCGAUCAUGCAGUCCAUGGACCUGCGGCUGUGGGCAGGGAACAGUGCAACGCUUUAAGGAGCUACGGCCUCAUGGCCCUCACGAAUCUCACCUUCGGAGAUGAGAAUGUACACAACAAGUCAUACCUGUGCGGCCAGCGCCAGUUCAUGGAGGUGGUCAUCGCCCAGCUAAAUACAGCUCCGGAUGAACUGCUACAGGUUCUUGCUGGCGUGCUUCGCAAUCUGUCUUGGCGGGCAGACAAACAUAUGAAGACUAUUUUCAACGAGCUGGGAACAGUGACAUCCUUAGCUCGAGCAGCAAUGCAAAACAAGAGCGAGAAUACCUUGAAAGCCAUACUCUCUGCCCUCUGGAAUCUCUCAGCGCAUUGCAGCACGAACAAGGCGGAGUUUUGUGCUGUGGACGGAGCACUGGCAUUUCUGGUGGGAAUGCUUAGCUACGAGGGUCCAAGUAAAACCCUCAAGAUCAUUGAAAAUGCGGGUGGUAUUCUUCGGAAUGUUUCUAGCCACAUUGCUGUGUGUGAACCCUACCGCCAGAUACUGCGGCGGCACAAUUGCCUGGCCAUUCUGUUGCAGCAAUUGAAGUCGGAGAGCUUAACAGUGGUCAGCAACUCCUGCGGUACUUUAUGGAACCUCUCGGCGCGCUGUCCCGAGGAUCAGCAGUACCUUAUCGACCACAAUGCUAUUCCUCUACUGCGCGUCUUGAUCAGCUCCAAAAACUCCAUGAUUGCCGAAGGCAGUGCUUCGGCUUUAAAGAAUCUAGUUAACUUUAGGGCUACCCUGGAGCUGAUGCCCAAUGGAGAUGGUGGCUCCCUGCCGCUGGACAAGGAGUCUGGCCAUGGUGGCACCCUACCGCGGAGGUUCAGCUCUCUGCGUCUAAGCUCCAAUCCCACUGGAUCGUUAAAAAAGGUACGCCCAUCCACGGUGAGCACAACUGGCUUCCUCAACAGAAAGUGUGAGAGUCGGGAAUCCAUUUACUCGGGCAAAUCUGACUCUACUAAAUACUCAACCAAGUCGGAGGGAGCCAAGAACCCUUUUGAGAUUGUCACACCCACUGAGGAACAACCCAUUGACUACUCCAUGAAGUAUAUGGAGCACAAACCCAGUAGCAGUAAGACCUUUGAGAUUGACUUGGACCAGCCCACAGAUUUUAGUGCUAGAUAUAAGGAACGACGAUCCGCUCAGUCGGCACAGCCAGAGCUGAAGUCGGAGACCAGUGAGAUUACGACCAAUGAGUUGCAACUGGCGAAGUCCUCCUCGGCCACGGAGCUGCGAAAUGGUCCAGGAAUGGUAACAAUUUCGGCAGCCAAGCAGAAACUCGCUACCGAAGUAGAAACGGAAUCAGCAGAGCGACCGAUCAACUAUUGUGAAGAGGGAACUCCCGGCAGCUUCAGUCGGUUUGAUUCCCUUAACAGCCUGACCGAAAAGCCGGAAAAAUGUAUGGCACUGAAGACUCCAACAAAGCCUAUAGUUCAAUCAGGACAACUCGACCGAAACAUUCCCCAAAAUAUCGAUUCAGCGCUGGAAACUCCACUAAUGUUCUCUCGACGCAGCUCGAUGGACUCACUGGUGGGUGACGACGAGACCAUUGCCUGCGACGAUAAUGGCUCCGUGAUAAGCGAGUACAGCCGGAUGCAGAGUGGUGUCAUCUCCCCUUCAGAGCUGCCCGAUUCGCCCACCCAGAGUAUGCCGCAGUCGCCAAGAAGGGAUCGCAAGAUGCCCAUUGAAAAUGACGCUGAGACUCCUGACCGAAAGCCUGGCAAUGUGUUCGAGGACAAGCUGAAUAGAUUUCACGUAGAGCACACGCCUGCCGCCUUUUCCUGUGCCACCAGCCUAAGUAAUCUUAGCAUGUUGGAUGACUCCAAUGCAAACGCUACUCGAGGACAGCGUACAAAUGACAUCAACGGCAAUGGGGAUGCUCCCCGUAGUUAUUGUACAGAGGACACUCCGGCUCUGCUUUCUAAGGCGCCAAGCAAUAGCGAUUUGUCCAUCCUGUCCAUACCGAACGAUUUGAAUGCCAACGAAGAGCAGCCAGUGCCAGCGCCACGAGCGGAUGUCCCUGGCCUAGACACUCGGAUUCCGGCUGAAGAUGCCAUCUCCAAAAUGCGCUGCGGCGGCGGCGCAUUACCCAGUUAUCUGCCAGUGUCGGAUGAAAUGAGCAAGUACUAUGUGGAGGAUAGUCCAUGCACCUUUUCGGUGAUUUCUGGACUCUCUCACCUCACAGUGGGCUCGACUAAAGCAGGACCGGUUUCGAAACUUCCCAUAAGGACUUUGGAGUCACAGGCAGAGGCACCAAAGUUGCCUCCCAGACGGAGUGCAGUUCAGGGAGAAGGCGCAGAACCCUGCCUACCGCCGAAAAGAAGCGACUCGCUGAGCUCACUAUCCAUGGACUCGGAUGAUGACUGCAAUCUUCUCAGUCAGGCUAUCGCGGCGGGAAGCUGUCGACCUCAACCAAGUGGUGCUAGCACUAGUUCCAGCCUGGCCAACGCCAGCACCAGUACUCUAACCAGGACAAAUGGGCAAAAGAAGGAACCUGAGGAUUCCGAUAAACCAAACUACAGCUCGGAUGACUCGCUGGAAGACGAAGACGACGAUGCACGAUCCAAGACGCUUUUUGAGCAGUGCAUCCUCAGCGGCAUGCAUAAGUCCAAUGACGCCCUGGAAUUGGAGGGAGAACCCCCGGGGCAGCGGCAGGAAACGAGUGCACGGGAUCGGUUUGUCAGCAAUCAGGUGCGCCAAAUAGAGUCCAUGCUAGCCGGGCGCCAGCACUAGCAGCGGAUAUGUGGUUAAGUGAAAAGACCAUGCGUUUGUUUGGUGGCUUUUAGUCUUGUCUAUGCAAUAAUAUUUUCACGGUCUCAAUUUUCCUAUAGUUCAGAUUAAAAAUUUGCACUUAAAUUUAA